AUGCAAGUAUUGCGCGUCUCUGCUCUUGAAGAAAAAAAAACCUGUGAAACACUUUCUCAGCGUGCUGAAUCGUUUUACCAGAGACGUCCCCUCCUUCUGUCACUCUGUGAAGAUCUCUACAACGGUUACACCACUCUUUUGGAACGUUACAACCACGCCAAACCACAAAACCCUAAACCAGUUUCUUAUGACAAUGAUUCCAACGAUGAUACUGACACCUGUUCUGAAGUUACGAGCAUCUUGUCCUUCCAACAGAUGCAAACCACCACUUGUGAUAAGCAGAAAAUCGAAGAGUUAGUCUCGCAGCUCGUGAAUGCUAACACGGAAAAAGAUAUGGCACAGGAAGAGUUGCGUCACGGAGAACAAAAGUUCCGAGAAGCUUCCAAGACGAUCGAGCUGUUAAAGAAGGUUGUGAUGUUGCUUGACAUGGAGAAAGAAGUAGCUGUAGAGGAAACCGCGAAUCUUGGAUACAAACUCACUUCUCUCUUGGAACAGAAUAGAGAGCUUGCCACCGAAGCUCUAUUCAUGAAAAAGGAAGCAGUGAGGCUCGCUAGAUUCGUGCUUAAGAUGAGGGAUGAACAUUUUCAAGAGAUGUGUCUUUUACAGAACCAAGUGUACGCGUUGCAGUCAUCAAGAGAGUCUGCCUAUGAAAAUGAAACAUCUCCGAGAUGCUUUGGACUGGAUAAGAGCAAGAGCAAGAAGAGGAAGAUGAGUGAAACAAGAACCGAACCUGGAGAGAAAAAGAGGAAGUCCAAGUGGUUGAAGAGACUUAAUCCUUUUAUCAAAUGCAGCGUUAGCCCAUCGCCUGCUUUGCUCCAUCGUCCAGCACAAUAA